AUGGAGUCUAUGAAUAUGGAUGGCUCGAGGGGGCCUGUAGCAUCACGUCAAGGCUCUUUGAGUGUGAACCGUGAUGGCAGUGGUCGGAGGAAGACGAAGAAGGUGGAAAUCACCGGCAGUUUCCUCCGUCAAUCCACCGAAAUGAUGACCAACACCUCCAAGGCGAAGCUGAAAUCCGCCAUGAACAGCGUCUACUUGGCGAACUUUAUGGCGGUCGUCGUGCUGGUGGAUGCCUAUUGCACCGUCGUGGACAUCGAUGCCACCGCAGCGCGAGAGAAGUCGCCCGAGGUCUUCCGGUGGAUCUCGGACCUCUGUUUAGUAUUCUACACAGUCGAAGUGUUCGCAUGGCUUUUGAUUUUUGGGCUCGAGAUCUUAAGGGACUGGAUGAUGUUGCUGGACCUUUUCAUUGUCUUAUGCGGUUGGGGCGAGAAGGUGAUUGAGACCCUGGCCGACGGCGGUUUGGGCUUCCGGAUUGCCGUGCUGCGCGCCUUGCGGUUGGUGCGGAUUUUUCGGCUCAUGCGCCUGUUGAAGAGGAUCCGACCCCUUAGAGAGUUGCACAAGCUGGUGAUGAUGAUGGCGACCUGUCUUCGUACCUUGCUCUGGUCCUUUAUGCUUUGUUUCGUCGUGAUGACCGUGUGGGCGAUGCUCAUGGUGGAGGUCGUUCAUCCGGUCCUAGAGGACAUGAUCAAUGCUGAUGAGUUGCUGGCGGAGAAGAAGUUUGCAUCUUGCGAUGGAACAUGUCAGAGGGCCAUGUCAUCGGUGAUGGACGCCAAUUUGUUGCUCUUCAAGACGGUGAUUGCUGGCGACAGUUGGGGUGAGAUUGCAGUUCCUGUGAUUCAAGAGCAUCCAGCCACUGCCGUGAUUUUUGUGGGAUCUUUGCUGACGCUGGUGUUCGGAGUGCUCAACUUGAUUGUUGCUGUUGUGGUAGACACCUUUGCGGACGCCCGCUUGAAUGAUGUGGAAAAUUUGGCGCAAGAGAUGGAAGAUGAAAUUGAGCACGACCGAACAGCUUUGGCCAAACUUUUCGCCCGAAUCGACAAGGAUGGUAGCGGGCAGCUCACAUUACAAGAGCUCAUCGAAGGUGCCAGGGAUGACUCGGGUUUCCAAAGCCGCUUGCGUGUGAUGGACAUCGACGAGCACGAUCUGGAACAGUUAUUUCAGAUGAUCGAUGUCGAUCAAUCCGGCACCAUCGAGGUGGCCGAAUUCAUCGGCCCACUGAGCAGAUGGGCUCACGAUUCGAAGACGGCACCGCGCUUCAUCAAGUACAACAUGAUCCAAACCAUGCAUUUACAAGAGGAUUUGUACGAACUCUCGGUGGACUGUUUCAACCAGUUGGCGUCUCGAAUCGAUGACUUGUCCCUGCAAAUUCGAGGGGUACGAGGCCAAACCGUUCCUUCGGGAGACCCCUUAUUUGCAGAUCUGCUCAACAACACCUUGGAGCUCGAGGCGGAGCCUUCGGACCCGCCCACGGAACCACACACCUCGCCCAUGGAGCCGCGAGAACCGGGCGACGCCAGUCCCUCGGAGGCUCCCGCGUCUUCGGAGUCGGAGAAGCCCGAGGCCGCCCAAGGCACCAUCGAGUUGGAUAGCUGCAACCCUUCACCCUCUCCCAGCCGUCAAGUGAGCCAUGGCCUUCCCCAUGAACGGCUGGAUAGGAUGGAUAGGCAGAUCAGUGGAGCCGCCCAUCAUCGGGGAGUUGACCAACCUCGAGCCUCCCCGCGUGACAUGGAAUUCUUAGCGCCCAAGUCCGUGGAGAGGGAAGCACGUGAGAGUUCAAAUGCCAUUGAAAAGAUGUUGGAGUCUGCCAUGGCCAAACUUGAAAGCAAGUUGGAGCAAUUGUUAGUCGAAGCACGCAAGACUCCUAUGGACCGACAUGUGCUACCCAGUGAAGAUUUGACAGCUUUUGCAGAUGCAAAGUUGAGACAGCGACGAAAGAAAGGAAAGAAGAUGCUGCACCCAGAAGCCUUCAGGAGCAUGUACAUGAACCAUGGCCGUCGGCUUUCUUUGGUGGAGCUUCCCAGUGCUCAACGACGACAAUCCUCGCACGACGCCGUCGCGCGGCCGCGACGCAGAAGUUUGUCCGCAGAUGGUCUUCAAGGUCCUCCAGACAAUGCUGUUGGCCGCACCAUCACCGCGACGGAUCUUCUGAAAGAGGCCAAAACCCAUGGCAAUUUUCAGGACUCUCCGGAAUCUCGAAGAGAUUCUCGAAGAGAUUCUCCUGUCAAACCCAUUUGA